AGGGAUUCGGCUUGCCCGAUUUACUACUGAGUAACUUGCUUUCGCAAUCGAGUUUAUAAACUCUUCAACUUACUUAAACGCUUCUACUGUGCUUUUGCCUAAACUUCUAUUUUGAUAGAUUUCGCAUUGCAAUAUAAGCUACUCUUCAACGUCACGUCUUACGAUUGGCGCCAUUUACAAGCACACUCUGUUUGCAAAUCACCUAAGUACUCACCUUCGUCUUUUUUCCCCAAACAAUCACGGAAGAUGGCUGCACUUAGCGAGCUUGUCGCUGAGCGAGGAUUCGCCCUCAUUGAGGAGCAGAAGGAUUUCGUCAAGAUUUACGGCUUCGAAGCUGGGAUGAAGAAGUUCUGGUUGGAGUUUGUCACCCAGGCUUGCCGCAAAGUCUUCCCGGACCCGGACAAUGCGAAUCUUACUCCCCACGAUGACCUUAACGACGUGAACGAUGGGUCCAAGCUGGCAGUACUUACUUGCCGUUUUUGUUUUUGCAGUGACAGUAGGAGGCCGGUUCGAACUUGAUUUUUAGAUUUCUAAAUAGCCAUCAGCUCUCCGCCCUCCCGUUGACAUUUUAGUGCGUGGAGGGGCGCGCUCCUUUUGGCUACACCAAAUAACGCCGCAGCAUUGCGUGCCGCGCCUCACUUGACUUCGGUCUGGCUAGUGAGCUAGCGCAGCACUCAUGACGCUGACGUAACAGCAUGGCGGCACAAAUUUCGACCAUUGUUGAUAGCAAUACGCUCAAGACAUUUGACACUACGUGCCAGAGAUCAGCACUGCCGCACUGAGUGGGUGGGCAGAUCCAAUGCAACUAGAACGCGCGUCAUAAUCCACAAAAAAAAAACCAGAUCAACAUGUUUUACAAGCCCGAGGACAUUCUGAAUAACUACGAAGCCCCGCAGGGGCUCCCGACGGUGCAGCGCGUGAUGUAUGAAUUGCAAAAGGAAGUAAAAGCAUCUCCAUCGCGUGACAAACUUCUUCAGCAUGAGAAAGCAAAAGCUGUAAUGCCGAUUUUCCUGAGCUUGAAGAUCGCGAUUUGAAAUGCAUGGCGGUGGUUGGCACCCACAGGUGCGAUUGUGAUGCUAAGUACUUACUUUUGCAAGUCAUAGAGUGGAGUUCUGGGCGAUGACGAAAAACAAGGCGCCCAACACCUACGCGUUUGCCCCGUACUUCUUCGAAGACUUCACGGCCAUUUACCAGGAGGAGGAAAAGCGCUGGUCCCCGAUGCUCGAGUAUCUUGCUUUCUUCUGGGGCAUCAUGGAAGGAUCCAAAGAGGACCCGGAUGACAGCAAUGGAAUUCGCAGAGGGUGGCGGGCAGCUGGUGCUUAUCCGAUGAUGGUCAAAACGGUCAAAAACAUCGUUGCAACCUUCGGGCUGCAGCAGGAUCGGCAGACGUACUUGUAUGAGCAGCCCGGGAUCGUCACCUACUGCAAGCUGUACAAGUACAUCCUGAAGCAGGAGAAAAAGGCGCGACGUACUGACUUAGACCUAUAUACGUACUCACUUACAGCGACAACUUCAAGUCUGUUUUUUGAUUGCAGUAUAAAUAUUUACGCGCACCCGGCCCCGGUCGAGUUGAGCUGGGUAUUAGCGUUUACGCAUUACAGACUACUUCUGCUGGGUAUUUAGUAUUUACGCAUUACAAACUACUUUACGCAUUACAAACUACUUCUGUCGAGCGACGUACUUAUUUCUUUCUUUGAGGGAUUUUUUGUAGAAGUCUUGAAGACUUAUUUACUUCUUUCUUUGAGGGAUCGAGCGACGUACUUAUUUCUUUCUUUGAGGGAUUUUUUAUAGAUGAUGAUGAUGAUUGAAAGUCAAUGCGUGAGAACGGGCCGAAGCUUGUUUUUAACUCUUAAGUAUUAAAUCUCUACAGGUUCUCUCAAUGCGAAGAAGAUCGGAAAGCUCUGUGGGGAAAAGAUUCAGUGGAAAUCGACCACGGGGUACUUACGUAGACUGUGUUUCUGUCGGUCCUCACUAGAGCCUCCUGUUUUUUGUUCUCAAUAUUGAGGAAGUGCUUGCUUGCAUGCUAGACGCCAACAUGGGGUGGAUCGUUUCGAGACAAAGAGUUCUGAGUUUACUCAUUACCGCCCAUCCGAAAUUUUCACUCCAGGUUGCGAAUCAAUGAGAAAAACGGCGACACUUUUGGGAGAAUCUACCAGAUCGUGCUCGACUCCGAGGACUGCUUCUCGAAAGGAGGAAUGGACAUUUUGAACCCCAGCACCUCCAUCCUGCAGAACCCGACCUUCAUCGACACGCUACUUACUAAGGUGAAGAGUACGACGGCGGUGAAGGAUUGGAUUUCCAUCUUCCCUUUUGAGCACAAGUUCGAGCAUUGGAAGCAGGAGCAGUUGGACAAGCAAACGGAAGAGGGUUGGGAGACGCAGGACAACACGAUUAUUGACAUGGAUAAGGACGCGGCUAUGACCGACUGCUUCCUGUGCAUGUUGUACAACACGCUCCGCGGUACGAUGCUCACCGCCUGGUUUGUUACCGACCCCGAGUACGCCGACUACAGCGAACACAAGAAGAAAUUCGCAGACGCGAUGAGCUAUAAGUCGCAAAGUGCCCAGGCGUUUUGCUUUCCGGAUUUGGACGAAGAGGAGCGCAAGGUCCACGAGCCGUAUUUUCGCUGGCUCUUUGCCCUUAUGCAUUGAAAUUGUAUCGCGCUGAGCAGUAUAAAUCGCAUCUCGAGUUCAAAUUUCACGAAGAGACUCUCACGCUGCUUGGUCAUGAAAAUACCACGGCGCAGGGGAUUUGUGGCCGUGCUGAUUGAGAUACGUAGGUAGGGCCUCGUGGUGAUUUGGAUCGAUAUGAAAAAUUGUCAUGCUGGAUCACGACGAUGAUGAAGAUGCCGAUUUAGUAUAUCAGCGCGAUACUUUUGCCGAGAAUAGCUGUGAACAAGUUGGAGCGGGGUGAUUACAAUCCGAUGCUGAAGGACAAGGCCGACACCCUCGGAGGAAAAUACAACUCCGCGGAUGCCAAGAUGUUUCUGCAGGACAAUGUGGACGAGGGGUACGAGGAGUGGUUCACGAAGCCCGUGCGGGAGGAGUUGGUGCAGAUGCAGGCUGCUGCGGAGGAGCAGGCGCGGGAGGACCAGUUGGCAGACCACGAGGUAAGUGCUUGCCGCUCACUGUCACUAGUGUUGACGCGCCUGCUGAUGCGCCUGAAGAGUUGUUUUGCUCGGGCCGGUUCGUUCCUAGACUUUCACUCGAAGCAAAGGCUUCCCAUUCUCUAACCCACACUAAAACUUUACAAACAGAAUGCCGCGCGACUGCAGGAGAUGGUGGCGGAAGAGAUCCCGACGGAGCCGGUGAUUGCGGACGCAGAGCCAGAGCAGCAGGCGCAGGAAAAUAAUUCUGAUGACGAAUUGUGGGCGAUGGAGGACGAGGCGUCGAAGCCGCCCGCGGUGGCAGCGGACACCCUGGAGGACCCGGACACCUGGUUCCGGCGCAAAAAGUGCGGAGUUUCCGAAGAUGAUUAUAAACUGCAAAAGCAUCGCACUCGUGCCAAUGUUGCCGGGUCGUGCCUUUUUGGAAAAAAUCAAAUUUGUAAUGCAGAAAUGAAGAAAGUGAGUGAGCAUUUUUGAUGUCGCGUUGCAAUAUAUACUUAGGGUGAUGAAGAUUUGUCAUGCUGGCUUAGUUAUUUUCAGAAAAAUCGAUAGCAGAAAACUCAAGAAAAUUUGUCAUGCUGGUUUACUUGAAGAGCAAUUUUUGUAAUGCAGGAGUUUUAUACUUGCGAAUGCGAUAUUUUUGCACAGGAUAGUGCUUGCGUGUUCGUCACUGGAAAAAUCAUCAACACCCACAACCCGCCCUACAAAAAGUGGAUCAGCAAGGACAAAAAGCAGAAAAUCCUCCAUGUCUUCGACGUGAACACCGCCGCCGUGAUGGGUGUCAAAGACGCCCGGUGGCCUUUUAAGGUUCUCGCCAACGAACGCGUCAAGGUCGAUUACCCUGCCGAAAAAGCUGGCAGGUCAUAUUUGUAAUGCAGGAGGAAGUAAAAUCUGGCGCUGCAGGCAAAAAAAAUAUAAACUGGCGAAAAAGCUUGUAUUGUGUAGCCUAAGAAAGUGGCAUGCUAUGAGGGCGCCCAUGGCAGAUUUUUUUGCGUGUUCUAUUUGUUUUUGCAUUACAAACAUGCCCUGCCAGCUUUUUUCUGUGGGAUAUCGACAUGUGUCAAAAUUUAAAACAUGUGGUGCAGAGCGAAUCCCGCCCGGCGGUUUUUUUUCUGGACGGCGCUUCGAAAUCCUGCAGCAACCUCGCGCGUACUUGCUUGCUUUGCUUUCGUUGUGCUUGUGCGCCACCAGCACCAUCGUCAUAGCGCCGCGGCGUUUAGUUUUUCACUUCCCCGCGCUGCCUCAAAGUUGAUAGAUUUCUUUCCAAAUAAGUAUUGGCGCGGUAAUUGUUUCCGAGUGAGUUUUUGACGUUCUUUCCCGAAAUAAAGUCUGGCAUGAUAAAACUCUUUCUACGUAACAGGGGCGGAGCUCCGCAAGAUCUCCGGUAAGGUGAAGUCCGGCAACCUGCUGCCGCAGAAGCAGCCGGCGAAUAUGUCCAAGCGGGCCACCCUCCGCGAGGGCUAUAUGACGACCGCCCCGGAGUUUCCGAUCGACAAAUACUACGACUAUGAGAACAACACUCGCUUCGAGUACUUAUAAUUUUUGUUACUUUUCAAGUAGACGCACUGUGUGCAGUAGACGCAAUCUACAGGGCUUUUGUGGGUAAGGAGGUAGAGCUGAGUAAGUUUGCAAAGCGCCAUGAAGAUAUGAAGUCACAAUCUUCGCACACAUCAGGACCCGCAGCAGCUUCUACAAAAUUGACGCGGCAAGGCACCAGGAACUGGAGGAAUCCGAGGAUGUUAUUGCGGGAUACACCAGAAUACGCAUUGCAAAAGUAUCGCUUCGUACUAGUACUGAUAAAUCGCAUGACAAAUUGAAAUUUCCUCAGCAUGAGAAAGAAAAUUUGUAAUGCGGAUUUAACCUGAGAAAGGAAUUUGUAAUGCAUGAAUGCGAUUACUUACUUAGUACGAGUGCGAUACUUUUGCACAGAAUACAGAACCUGCGAGAAGGGCGGCGGCGACCUGGACGUGAGUGACUCCGACGAAGACGAGCAGGGCCCCGCCUCCGAUGAUGAGACUCAGCUCCUGGACAAGGCCCCGCUGGGGGUGCAGCAGCCGAACAAGGACAAGGAGCCCGAAGGAAAGGAAAAAGAGGUGCCGGUGGUGCAAGACCUACCGAAACGCACGUUGUACCGGCGGCACAAGACCUACGCAUUUUGGGAUGACGUCAUUGCCAGCUUUGGCAAGGGUGGAGUGAGCAUAUUGGUCGACUACAUGCCCCAUCCGGUCCGGCUGGUUUGCAGUCGGUUCCGGGGGAUGAAGUACGUAGGUAAGCCGCUUUGUUCAUUUUUGUUUACGUGGUGUCACAGGAUUGAUUUUUUCGUUUUCCCAUGAACGACUGCUGUAGAUUCCUUGCAUUUUUCUAUUCGUGAAGCCUCAAGAAAUUUUUGAAGAUCGUGUGCUUGUUGUGUGUGUAUGUAUCUAUAAAAUUAAAAUUUCUGGACAAGGUUUGUUCACCUGCGAGGACGUCCUGCAGGCUUUUCUGACCGAGUUCAAGACCCACGAGCUUUAUGUGCGGACCAAGAGCAAAGACGACGAAAUUCGCGGGGGGUCCAGUGAUGUCAUGGAGUACAAGCGCCAGUACAUCAUGGACGUGUACAAAGUGAGGGACGACAUCGAGAUUCAGAACUACCUGAACAAGGUACUUUUCUAGUUUCUAAAUUUCGGUCGAUGUUUGGAAGGCCUUUCUCAUAAAGUUGAUAGAAAAAGCGCAUGACAAGUUCGGCUCUGCUGAUGUAGAAGUGCGGCUUAGUUACCUUAGCGUGACCCAGUUCGGUGGAGCCUCUUCUAAAGCAACUGCUCACUCUCAGGUUCAUUUUAUGAAGAAGGAGUAUCCCCCGGUCGGGCAGCAGUCGGUUCUGGGGCACUAUGUUGGUAGAGAGGGCAGAGCCAAGCCGAUUUUUAUACUUCUUGCGCAGGGUUACGUAUCACAUUUAGCAUGACAUAUACGCUACUUCUGACAUUUUGCAUGAUGGAAUGCCUUUUGAUACCGUCUCGGCCUCCAUGUGGAUACAUGCAUGAGAAAUAUAAAAACGCAGUGUGGCUCUGCCCAGCAUUUUUGUCGUUCAUAUUUUUCCAACGUUUUUCAACGUCAUCCCCAGCAUCAGCACCUUCAACACCCCCGAGGCGAGUAACAGCAAGCGUUCCAGCCCCGGAAACACUAAUAGCACCUUGCCUGCGUCAAAGAAGCCGAAGGGAGAAGAGGGGAAGCCGAAACCGCCGAUGAAGAGAAGAACUCCGAUGAAGAGGGAGAAAGGAUCUCAGGAUGCGGACAAGGGAACACCGAAGAAGAAAAAAACUCCGAUGAAGAGAGCAGCAAAGGGAUCUCAGGACGCGGAUAAGAAAACGCAGGCGAUGAAGAAAAAAUCGGCGAAAAAGGACGACAAGCUCGGUGUAAGCGAGGUGAUUAGCCUUGAUGAACUCGACGACCACAUCGACAUAUGCGUUGCAAAAUCAUCGCACUAGUAGCAACUAGGGGCACUAGAAUUGCAAACUUCCUCACCAUGAGAAUGAGACGGAAUUUGUAAAUGCUAUCUUCCCUGAAGUGGAAGACUUGUCAUGUACAUACUGUAGUUCCUACGAGUGCAAUUUUUUUGCAAUGCAUACGACAAUGUUAACGCAGGCGCCGCUGCGUCGUCCUCUGGUGCGAGCUCUUCGAAGGUGCUGCCACCCCACAUGGUUUUUAAGCCGGACGCUGCUAAGGGCAAUGGUGAGUAAGCAAAGACUCACGUGGGGAACUUACCUCUCUGGAGUAGAGUUACUUAGUUUUUUUCUGAAGAGAUACUUAGCAGAAGCGCUGCUAAGUACUAAUGCAACUGUCGACUUCUUGUUCUUAAUUUUUAAAAUGCGCAGUUCAAAUUUGAGUGUACUGCCAACCUACGACGCGACUUUCCUCCACCUCAAGAAAGACACUAAGAGUUGACUUUUAUAUAAGCUUCGCACUGCGAUUUCGAUCGAACCCGGUCGCACUAGUACUCGCUUUGUGGAGAAGAAGUCCCUACUUUCGAGUUCGACAGAGAACCCGUACGACAGACGCUGAUUAAUGAACAAUGACUGUGUUUAUGCCUCUCUUGAAGAGCCUACAGAUCGCGUUUUCUCGUAGACAGCGAAUCGAAAACCACGCAACUUUUUUUACAAAAUUCAGCACGUAUUUUUCAACCGCAAGGCACAGACAACCCGUGUAGCAC